AUGCCCCCUGGGAUCCCGCCCCCCCCCAUCCCCCCCGCCAGGCCCGGUGAAAAACCCCUAAGGUGCAGCCACGAGGCCGCCAGGAGGAUCCUGCCCACCGUGCCGCACGGCAGGCCCGACCUGCAGUGGCACCACGGAGGCACUUCUUCUAGCGGUGAAGGCACCUCCAAAGGUGAAGAUAUUCUGGAGGCACUCUGGAGGACCGAUAUCUGUGCCAUAGCCGUUCUCCGCACCCUGGCAUCGCCGGGAGGUUUCUGUGUCGCACGGCGGGGCCGAGGAGAGCUUCCUCGGUGCCCGCAGCGGCACGCGGCCUUCCGAUCCUCAGGGGCAGGCGGACGCCGCUGGAGGCACUCUGGGGGUCCGAUUUCUGUGUUCGCCGCACCCUGGGGUCCCUGGGAGGUUUCUGUGUCGCACGGCGGGGCCGAGGAGAGCUUCUUCGGUGCCCGCAGCGGCACGCGGCCUUCCGAUCCCCAGGGCCAGGCGGACGCCGCUGGAGGCACUCUGGGGGUCCGAUUUCUGUGUUCGCCGCACCCUGGGGUCCCUGGGAGGUUUCUGUGUCGCACGGCGGGGCCGAGGAGAGCUUCCUCGGUGCCCGCAGCGGCACGCGGCCUUCCGAUCCUCGGGGCCAGACGGACGCCGCGGGGCGGGUGCCACCUGGGAACUGCUUGCUUACCACCUGGGGUCUGCUGGUCAAUGUUGGGGGUGCAAGGGUCGCCGCCUCCUCUCCUUCCGCCGCCUCCUCUACUUCCGCCGCCUCCUCUACUUCCACCGCCUCCUCUACUUCCGCCGCCUCCUCUACUUCCGCCGCCUCCUCUACUUCCGCCGCCUCCUCUACUUCCGCCGCCUCCUCUACUUCCGUCGCCUCCUCUACUUCCGCCGCCACCGCGCACCGAGCGGCCAACAGCUGGGGAGUCUCGCCGCUCACACGUCCACUCUGCGGGUCCCCAACUGAUGUUUCUUUUCAUUGCUUUCUCACUCUCUACAAACACUGUAUCUGCUUACCCUCCACGGCUUAGUGCCACCAGUAGUGAUGCUGCUGCCAUUACUGCUACAAUACAAUGCGUUUCUUUUCAUUGCUAUCUCACUCCCUACAUUCACUGUGUAUCUGCUUACCGGCGCCCAGAGAGGCAAUCGUGUGUAUUGUUAAUGUAUUUUUAUCUGUUACUAUUUUCACCUUUUUUUUCCCUUCUUGAGCUCGUUAGAAAGUUCCCAGAAGAGCAGUCGCGUGUAUUUUUAGUGUAUUUUAUCUUCUACAAUUUUCAUCUUUCUUAUUCCUUCUUGAGCUCGACGGAGGAUUCCCAGACAGAGUAGUCGUGUGUGUAGCCA